ACAUACCUCCUACCUAUGCAGUGCGUUCUUUUUCUUACUAUUAUUAUAGGGCUUUUUGAACCAUUUCGACUUUAGAUGGGGAUGUUGAAAUAUACCAAAUAAUACCAACUUCAUCACUGUUAUUAUUCAUUUACCUUUCUCUUCUUCAUUCUUCUCCUAGAUUAAUCACAACCAACACUGUCGUCGCCGGGCUAGUCAGCUUGCUAUUAACAGCUACCUAACCAACCAACUACAUGUAACUUGCGAAUUCGCUCUGUUCCGUUCUAGUUUCGAUCUCGCAUAUACUCUCCCCUUUUUUUUUUUAUCUGAACUACCUAAACAGCUAAACUAAAGCUCACGCGUGAUCCUGUUUUCUCGCCAGCCUAUUACAAGCAAACGUCGUUCUCCGCCUCAGGGAGUCAGUUGUUCAAGGGGUUUUGCUCCCAGACCGCGCGAGCCGGCUUUUUCAUUGGUGUAUUUCCAUCCCUCUCCAUAUCUUGGCGCAUCCUUCCCUCUAAUCCCCCAGCCAGCACUUUGUUAGUGGUACCUAGGUAUUCGAGUGGGUUAUUACCAAAUCCCUUCAACUACCUACUCAUCUAUUUUCCCUUUUUUUGUUUUUUUUCUUCCAGAUCAGCUAGCGAGCGAGCGAGCGAAGGGAGAGAGAGAAGAAGAAAAAGAGAAAGACACCGCGAGUACGUGUAUUGGUGUGUGUGUGUGUGUGUGCGUGUGUGUGACGCGCCGCCACCACAAUGGCCAUGUCGAAACGCAGCACGUUCACGACGAUAUCGCCGCUGCCGGCGGGGAUCAAGUCGCGCGAGGUCGUGGUGGCGUUCCUGCACAACCACGUGGAGAUGAUCGACCUGAACCCGCUGGUCAUCGAGCGGCACCCGAUCGACCCGCCCGCGCACGCCCCGGACGAGGAGCGCGGUUGCGCCUGGUGGAGCCUCACCGACAAGAUCUCCUACCUGCCGGGAGGCGUCGUCUCCGGGGACGUCACGUACACCGCCGCCUUCCACGACCUGCCCGACGGCAUCCAGACCCACGUGUACGCCCCCAUGGGCACCGAUAUCCGCGAGCGCUGGAGCCUCGGCGGCACCCUGCCCGGCGAACCCCCAGAGCCCGUGGAGCUAGGCAUCGGCGCGCCGAGGCAGGGGCUUUACCUGAGAGAAGACGUCGAGCUGAGAUGCAACUUCGUCAUGUCGUCCUUCAUCAAGAGGACGCUGAAGAAAGCCCACGGCGUCCUAGUCGAUAGGCUGGUCGCUAGCGCUGCCGCGACGCACCGCCAGAGCGCCGCGGGACCCCAGCGCGUGGAUUCAAGCCUCUCGGCGGCGUCUGCUACGGGAUAUCCUGCCCCUCAGGAUUUACAGCCCACGGCGCCGUAUCAUCACCCGCAGCAACAAAACCAACAACAUCAACAACAGCAACAGCAACAGCAGUCAUCAAGGCCCGGAUCUACCUCGUUCACCCCACCGCCGGGAAGCCACCCGGCGCCGUACGGACAUGCCCCGUCGCAUAGCGUGGGGAGCAACAGCAGCCAUAGCCAUAGCCAUAACAAUAGAAAUAGUAACAGCUACGCACCCGAGCCGCUGCGCGUGAACAAGAGCCGGUCGUCCAGCGGACAGUACUAUCAGCAGCAGCAGCACCCCCAGGGCUCGGUCUCUCGUCAUCAUCAUCAAGCCGCGCCGGGGGCAGGGAAUAGCGGGUUUCCGGCGGAGUUGGAGUAAGGGGGGAUAUAUAAACUGACAACCAACCAACCAACCCAACCUAAAACUUAAGAAGUGCUUUCAAGCCGCAUGUAUGCAUUGGCGUUUUCGGUCUGGUAUAUUCGUAUCUGGGAAAUAUUUUUCCCUUUUUUUUUCUCGUCGUGUUUGCCUAAGGCAAUAAUGGGCUGGCAGGUGGGAGCAAAGUCUAGCAUUAGGUAGUCUGAUAUAGGGUGAGAUGGAGUGAAGUGAGGUGAGGUGAGGUGAGAUGGGAUGGGAUGGGAUGAGUGAGAAGAAGGAAGAAGAGUUUAUACCCCUGAGGCUGUAGUCUUCAAUAUUAGGGAUUUCACAUAACUGCCUCAGUUUGAUUCAAUACGCCUGUCUGGUUCAGUGUGCAACUAGAUCUAUUUAGCCAUACAUAAAAGUAACGUUCCAUAACCAGUACUUUUGUCUCACUUCGUGGGCAUGAGAGAAUGGCUACUACAGCUCGAAGGCUCGUGACCUCAAUCCUUCUAUCUAUCUACCUCUCUAUCCCACCGUGUCAUCGCAGGAGCAGACAGGGGCACUAUCUUACCACGAGAUAUAUCAUGCGAGUCUAAACAGUCAGCCGGUUUGUUUGUCAUGGCUCGCAGAUACGUAUGUAUCACGCUCCUUGUCAGCUAGCCUGGCGAGUGGAUUAUGACCGGUUUCCUCCUAUUUUCGUCAACACUCCCUUGCUUUACCACUAAGACACAUUGGAAACCUGUUAGAGACUAGAAUCUAGAUAGGCGCC